AAGCGACAGGAGGGGUUAGACAUUCGGGAACAGCGCGAAUCGGCACAUCCCAGCAAGCUGGUUAUUUUAACUGAAUGCUCAAACACAUUACAUUGAGAUUCAAGGGACAAAUAUCAACUGGGGCAUAUUGAGAGGACCGUGUGAUCGAUUAUUUUUCCAUUGCACUUACGACAAAUACAUAGAUGGACAACUUGAAUGCCUCAGACGAAAAGCCUGUUCAGCGCUCUAAGUCCUUUAGUUUUCAAACACAGAAGGAGACCUGUGCAGCCUGUGAGAAGACUGUGUACCCCAUGGAGAGACUGGUGGCCAACAAUCUUAUCUUCCAUACAACAUGCUUCUGCUGCAAGCACUGCAACACCAAACUCAGCCUGGGCACUUAUGCUGCCCUACAGGGUGAGUUCUACUGCAAGCCUCACUUCCAGCAGCUGUUCAAGAGCAAAGGUAACUAUGAUGAGGGCUUUGGCCGCAAACAGCACAAAGAGCUCUGGGCCAGCAAGGAUGGUGAAAGCAUGGCCAAGACACCGUAACGUCACUGGGUCAUCAGAGACGCUUCCCCUGCCUGCGUCGACAAGCGUCACACCCUUUUAUGUAGAACAUGCCUUCUGUCUCUCACACACACACACAGACAGGUACGCAUGCUUAGCAUAUCACAAGAAUGUGAGCCAUGGCUCUUUCUGUAAUACACCUUCACACACACACACACUUGCCCACAAACAUGACAGGGCAGGCAUCUCUCCCUCUAGGGUGUUUUUGUUUUUUUAAUUUUUUUUUGGUUUUUUUUUUUGCCUUAAAUGUUUCUCUUUUUAAUGCUUUUAUUUUGUUACUGACUAUCUGAUUGUGACGAAUACAAACUCCAAGGUUUUUUUGUUUUCCUUUUAAUUUUGUUUUAUUUAUCAGAAUCAGUAGUUUAUUUUCUCAUGUAUGCAAUGUCCCUUUUAAAUGAAAUGCUUGCAUGAAUACAAAGUUUUAGACUAUAUACUCAGGUAGAGAGUCUGGGGUGUGGUGACAUGUUCCACUGGUCUUUUAUAACCAUUACAGGAUUAAUUUCUCUUUUGUUAAAUAUGAACCACAGGCUUGUUUGUAACAAAGAUACAAGUGUCUGCUUUGUUUCAUGUAGGCAGGGUGCUAUGCCUGUGAAACUACAGGGUACAUAGUACUGUCAUAUCGGGCUCCUGAUUCCUCCCUUCUCUCUCAAGUUCACAUUUCUUGACAGGAUGGGUGGAAAUGGGAGAAACUGAGCUAAAUGUCUCUCCUGAACAUGAUUCAAAACAUUUACCAUCUCGCACACAAACAUGCACUUUUUUUUCUGGACAGCUGAUGUUUAAAGAUAUAGCUGGAUAUAAAUCGGUGGCAUAGGUUUCAUUUCAACUGUGGAGGAGAGACACUGCUCACACCACCCACCUUAACACAUGUGUCGUGUGAGCAGGAAUUAUUUGGAGGAGGGGGGUGGUCGCUCAAGUACUGUGCAUAAUCUUUGUUCUCCAUUCAGUUCCAUCACUAGAUAUUGGCCAUCAAUGCAGAAUCUGGUAAUUAUCUAAUGGUUUUACGUGUUUAAGAACCAAUGCCUCCUGGUGUGCUGGCGGGCAGUUUGCAUAUCGCUACACCCCCUAUUUUUUAUAUAUAUUUUCUCGUUUUAAGUCUGGUCAUGAGUAAAAUGUCUUAAGUGCAGGUCCGUCAGGCGCUUUUGUGCUUUUAUCGUUUUUUAAUGCUUAUUUUUGAUUCAUCUUUUGCACAUGCUCCAUAGCUGCACCGGCAUGAUUACCCGAUCGUGGCCACUACGGGGCGAACGUACUGUGCGUGCUGCAGUGUCCUAAAGCCUUUACCUGUACGAGGCCAAACUCGCUCAACAGCGGGCGAUGGAAAUAGUCGUGGAGGACCUUGUCUCGUGGGAGCUGCCAUGACGUGCCGUCCCAUUCCCUUUACCCUAUCGCGGUCUGUAAUCGCACCGCUUGUCUUGUUUCCUGUGAGACGGUCUUUGUCCGUGACGGGAUUCGGUCGUGCGUCCACACGCGUGUGCCAGCGCGUCCGGCUCCCUCUCGUUGCUCAGGAAUACGAGUCCAGUGUCGUCCCUCGUACCGAUUCCCAGCCCCCGAGCAGCCGUUCGGCAUCACUGGGUCGGGAGUAUCUAGCACGCCCCGCCGCUUGUCGUGGGUUUCGCGGAGGAGGAGCCAGUGAGGAGUUUAAGUAAAUCGCACGUUUUACGUGGGGUUUUGCAAGUGAAAAAAUUCUUGUAGCUAUCGUCCUGUGAGCUCCAUCAGUUUGUGUAUAUGGCAUUAUGAAACUUUCAGUGAAUUCAGUGCCUAGUUUUAAGUUUUCUUGCUGUUGAACAAGCUUUUGUAUUAUAAUGGCUCGGCAGAGCAGAUGAGGUCAUGACUGUUGGUGUCAUGACUGAAAGGCACAGUCCGGUGAGGCUCCGUUUAAAAUCUGAUCAUCCGCAGUAUUAAAUCUGCCUUUUAACGGAAUCGGUGCCAGAGUUUGUGUAGAGCUCCAUCUAGUGCUGGUACGAGAAGCCGAUAGCUUUAAGGACGAGUCGAGCUUUUGCCGAGUUUACGUUUCAAGAUUCUCUCGUUCCUCUCAUUGCCUGCUUUUGCCUACUCAGAGUGCGUGGUCGCUGAAGUCCUCUUGCUCGUUAAUGAACCCUUGAUUUAAGUACUUACCAAGCCAUUGAGAGUGACCAAAUGUAUUUUGCAACUUGAAUGCCACAGAAGCCCUUAGUGUUGUACGUGUUUAAGAAUACUGUGAAGUCGAAAGCGCUGUGAGCCAGAACAAUUUUCUCAAGAAGCCUUAUCAAAUAUCGCACAUUCAUUUCAAAUCUUUCAUAAAGGUGCUUUUUUCUUUUCUUUUCUGCUUUGCUUGUCUAAUUUCCCCCUUAUGAUCUCAUGCAACGUGGCAGUUUGACCAUUUUUUUUGCCCCCAUUUGCAUCAUUUGUCAAGAAGGGAACUGAUAUUUUCACAGCCACAAAUCACCGUGUUUACAGUAAUGCUCAGACGUGUGGCCAGUGGCCCAAUACAAGUACCAAAACUGCAUAAUGUCCUAGAGAUUCUCGGUGUCUACCAUCUCUUUGUUAAAAGAAUCAAAACAUCGUUUGUGUUUUCUGUACGUACAGAAAAGCGCGUGGAUGUUCAGGAGAUAAAACGGCCUACGGCUUGUUUAAGGUACUUUUAGGUUUGAAAUGUAUGUAGGUGACUGCGUGGGAUAAGAUACUUGAAUAAACAAGAUUGCGGGUUGGGGGGGGGGAGUCGUCUUCAUUAGUCGUGUGAAUAGGGAAGCCUUAAAGCAGCAGGACUUGGUUUUAAGGUGAUUUCCUUGUUUUUCAGCUCUUAAAGUUUGUCUGUAUGGUUCUCGUUUUGUUAACCUCCUUAACAAUACUGAACCACUAUUUUUGUUAACGUAUACAAGAUCGUGUCUCUCAUUACUGCAGUAUUCUCCAUUUUCUUUUCCCCCCGCAUUUUUGUACGUGCUUUUCGAGGGAAAAUAAACAGCUUGCUGGUGUUUGGUUUA